AGCUCCUUGGAAACACAGACCUAAAUCUGAUUUAGUAGAAAAAGUAUCUUAUGGUUAUUAUUUAUCACUGCUUUCUAGCUUACAAAGAUUACUCAUUAAUGAACAAGUGCGUUAUUGUGUUGAUAACCCAAGAAAUGAUGGGGAUGUAAUGAAAUCUGUCUUGGACGGUCAAUAUUAUAAAUCACAUAAUUUUUUCAAAAGUACUCCUAAUUCUCUUGCAAUUAUCUUGUAUUAUGAUGAAGUAGAAGUAACUAAUCCACUCGGAUCACAUACUCAUAAAAUGAGCAUGUUUUAUUGGUCCCUUGCCAAUAUCUAUCCAGAGUGGAGAUCUUCUUUUCGUGCUAUUAAUCUCCUUGCUAUUGCAUAUUACACUGACAUCGUUAAUGGAGGUCUCAAUAAAAUUCUUGAUAAACUAGUUAGUGAAAUAAAAGUAAUGCAAAAUGAAGGUAUUACUGUUCAUAUUAAUGGUAUGGAAAAGUCAUACAAAGGAUCUCUCUUAAUGGUUACAGGUGACACACCUGCAUCUGCAUUUUUAGGUGGUUUCAAAAUGUCUGUUAGUGCAGAUAAGCCAUGUCGUACAUGUAUGACCGACCAAGAUAGGUGGAGAAUGUAUUUCAUAGAAAAAGCCUUCACUUUAAGAAAUAUGGAGAGCCAUUUAAAUCACUUAGAAAUAAUUGAAGAACCUGAUAUGCUCCAAGGUACUCGUGAAUAUUGGAAAAAACAUUUUGGAGUUAACACGAGAAGUAAAUUGAUUGAUAUUCCACAUUUUGAUGUAACAAGAUGUCUUGUACAGGACAUAAUGCACGUCUUAUGUGAGGGUGUUUUAGAAGCUGAAACAAGGCUUCUUAUUAAUUUUUAUAUUCAAGAAAAAAAAAUUACUUUACAGGCGUUAAAUAAUCGCAUAACUUCAUUUAACUAUGGCCAUUUGCAGAAAGAUAAACCGUCAUUAAUCAAAACUUGUCAUCUUAAGACAAAUCUGAAACAAACAGCUGCUCAAAUGCUUUGUCUUGCACAUGUAUUACCAUUUCUUAUCAAUGAUAAUCUAUUUCAUGAAAAUAGAUCAGAGGAUAAUGUUAUUAACGAUAGACUUUUAGUUCAUAUAAGACUGUUGCAAAUUACAAAUAUUUGUUUUGCCUAUGAAGUGACUAAGAAUGACGCUACUUAUUUAGCAAAACUCAUACAAGUUUUUCUCACUCAAUUUGAUAUUCUGUAUCCUAAUUCCAUGGUUCCAAAAUUUCACUUUCUCAUUCAUAUUCCUCGUCAGCUUAUCUUGUUUGGGCCAGCUCGUCAACAGUUUUGUAUGAGAUUUGAAGCUGCUCAUGCUUGGUUCAAAACUAGAAUUAUUAGAAAUUUUUAAAAUAUACCUCUGUCAUUGUCGUACAGAUAUGAGAGCUUAAGGUAUUCCGAAUUAGCAAACAUUUCAGGAGAAUCAUCGAUAAAGUUUUUAUAUACUGGACACAAAAUCAAAGAAGGUAGCAUGCUUGAUCUGACUGAUAUUCCUGAGCAUGAUUUAUUGAAACCUUUUUUAUCAAUUUUAAAUAAACAAGUUUCGAUACCAUUAAUGCUCACGAAAAAAAUAACUGUGAAUGGUACAACAUAUGAACCAAAUUCUACUAUAUUAUUAAAAUGCGAAGAAAAUGAUAUGCCUGUUUUCGGUCAAAUAAUAAAAAUAUAUAUUCAUGAAGAAGAUAUUCUUCUAUUAUAUAAAGAAUAUGACACAUUAUAUUAUUGUGCAACUUUAAACGCUUAUCUCAUACAAAAUUUAACACAUGCUGAUACAAAUGUCAUAAAAAUAAAUGAUCUCAUACAUCCCCAUCCUUUAUCUAUAUUUUCUUUUCAAAGAUCAAAGUUUAUAAUUCUUUUUAAUUAUAAUAGAACAGAGUUCAUCCAAUAGCUUAUAAGUCAACUGUAAAAUCAAUAAAAAUUCUGAAUAAAAUAUAAAUCUAAAAUUCUUGUAGUGUUGAAAUACUGAUAUUCCUGCAAGAGUGCAAUGAAGGUUAUGUUUGCUGUCUUUGUUGUUAUAUUUUACGGUACAUAUAAAAAGUGUAUAUUUUUCAAAUUCCUGUAUAGCCUUAUCUGUCAAAACACAUUUCGACAAUAACCUACACAUUUUAUUGCUCGGGGUCUAACGACUCUCGUUAAAUUUCAUUAAUGUUAAUUUAAGUACGGUUUUAUUUACAAGUGCAUUUAACACACAUUAUUACAUGUGUGUUGCCGAAGUUAUAAAGUGUGUCCUGUCAAUUGCCGUGUUAACAUAGAUAUUAUCCAAGUGUGUUCUCAGCAUGAACUGAAUUUUAUUCUGUGUCGAAGUAACAUACCCUAUGUGUGUUAUAGGAAAGUAACACGUUUCCGCACACAUGUGUCAGAACAACACACUAUCAAAUGCUUAUAAACACACAUUUCUCCAUACUUAUUUUUGCAUGGCUAUCUGGGGAUGAGAGGUGUGAGUUGGCUAUAAGCGUAGCCGCGAAACUGACUCACUCGGGCUCGCUGUGUACAAUUGUUGAACAGCGAGACCAAAAUAUAGCAUGUAGUACAAUUCGAAUACAUCACAAUUUUCCCCUUUUAAUUUUUUCCUGUCUUUUUAUCCGCUCAGAGCACCGCAAUACAUUAUUGCCUUUUUUAACAUUUACCGUAUUUUUAUCGCCAAUAGUUUCGACGUUUGUUUUAGUAACCUUAAUUAUUUGGUCGACAUGUCGCUUCCAGAUUACUCCAGGUGCAAUUUCAACGUUAAACGUAACCGGCGAGAGUUUCUGUACGAUUUUACCUUCGGCGCGAUUAUCAUUCCCAGGGAGAAACGUGAAGUCGAAUAGACGUAUAAUAGAUGUCUAUUCGAUACGUCUAAAGUAGAUCGAAUUUCGCAUCUAAAUAGAUGUCGAUUUGACUCUUUUUAGACGCGUCUAAUAGACGUCUUAUAGACACGUCUACAAAACGUCUUGUGUAAACGGACAGGCUCUUGCUUACUGGAUAGGGAAUCACCACGCAGUUAGAAGUGACGCGGAGAUAUAAGAUAUGAUCGUUUUUAUUAAGAUACUAUUGACGUUAAUAAUAAAAUAAAUAAAAUUUAGAAACUGAAGACAAAAUAAACAUCUGCCUGUUUUUUGGCUGAAGAAAUCU